AUGAGAGUUUUCUUGGUUUGGGUGUUUACAUUGAUUUCGAGUGUUACUGCUGCUUUCGUUGCUCCUUUGAAUCAUGUAAUUCCAUCCGGAAACUCGGUGACUGCCCCUGUUCAUAUUGUCAAAAGCACUUCAAGCCGAACAGCUUCUCGAAUAAAUGCAUAUCCCACAAGAGGUGGUGUUGCUACCCUGGAAACUAAGGAACUGGCGCCAAUAAAAGAAGGCUGGAGCAGCAAUUCUGUUUUGACGCACUCCUAUCUUGACAACAAUCACGCUGAGAAUCAGAAAGAAAUUUCCGCCCUUGUAAAGGAAUUUGAAAACUGUCAUGGCCAAGUGCUUUUGGACAAAUUACAAGGCCUAGCGGUCCUACACAGAAGUUCAGCACCUAAAGAUGCUUCCAAAUUCAAGAUUGCGGCUCGAGCCUUAUUUUUGACUGCAUUGUCCAACAAAUCACAACAGAAGGACAUCUUCCAAUUCUUCUUGGAAGCCACUGGGCCGGUCUUUGGAAGCCUUUCAACCGUGGACAAAGUCGAACACUUUGAAAACUUGGGAAGUCGUCAGUUGGCACGUGAAACAUGCAGAUCCCUUGCAAAGGCUUCGAUUGAGCUCAAGAAUUAUUACAUUUCUCACUUGCAGAGCGAAAUUGACAAAGUAUUGCGGCACGAAAUCACGUCAAAUGGUUUGAAAGACUUGAUUAGACCCAUAGUCCAGACUUCCGCCGUCGGAUUUUUGUCCAAAUUGCGCUUGAAUCUCUAUCAAACGGCAAGAAAAAAGCUGUACUGCAAUGAUAUCUUUAUAGUACGACUUCGGCUUUUGCUUGCUUACGGAAAAAGCUGUAUUGAACUUGGACCGGACUCUUGGAAAUCUGACGAGGUUAAAGACGUAUUCAACAUAUUGAAAAACUUGCUGAAAAUGGAAGGGUUACCACUUGAGAAGCAGAUCGCUACCAAUAGGACGAAGGAAGCACUUUUGCAGUUUGCAAGAACCGAAAAACAACGCUCUCUUUUUCUUUGA